AUGAAGCAAACCCCGACGGUAAAACCAGCGCGUAGUAGCACUUCUGGAGUAUCGAGAGUAAAGAACUGUGCAGAAUGCCGUCGUCUAAAGAUUAAAUGCUGCCGCAACGUUCCGUGUGAGAACUGUGUCAAAUCCGGAAAGACGUCUAUUUGCCCAGACGGAGCAUUGGCACCCAAAGGACAUCGGCUCAUUCUCUCCAAUACUGAAGAGCUUCACAACAAGAUUGACAAUCUGACUGCUAGAAUCCACGAGCUCGAGAAUGCAUUGGAAACGCUCCAGUCGUUGCACUAUGACGAACCUCAUCCACUGCUCAAUGGAGCAAUCGAACCACCCACAGCUGCAUUUGGGUCGCUCAAGAUACACGCAGAUGGUGUCGCCAGAUUCUAUGGAGGAACGAGUACAAUCGAAUGGGCAAGUAUCCAAGCGCUACCGUCACAGCGCCCUCUGACAUUCUUAGUCAUCGUCGUAUUCUCGAAAGCCCAUCCAUUACAUUCAGUUCCCGACUUGGCUCAGAUUGUUGGUGACAGUCCACUGUUCUCCGAUCCAGAGGCCAUCGAUAUUCCCCAUGUUUCGUCACUGAUACUAUCAGAGCUACCAGAUAAAGAGACGGGCCUUCGACUUAUCGACCAAUAUUACGAACGCACAGGUUGGGAGCUUUCCCCAAUUCUACGAGGACGGCUGAUGAAAGAUUUUAUCAAACCGUGCUAUGACAGCGAGAUGGAGAUGACGGCAAAGUCGAUCAGCUUUCACAAGCUUGCAUUGCUGUACGCGCUAUUCGCAAAUGGCUCGUGA